GUGAUUUAUCAAAUUUCUAGUAUUUAGAUUGAUUUGAUUAUGACUGACGAUCGUUUGGAAGAAGGUCAUCAUGCUUAUAUGGAAUAUGAACAACAUACUUCAAAAUAUGAAUCAGAAAAAAUAGAACAUUAUGAUGGUACAAGUGACAACAGCAAUACGAAGAUAGAAUUAGGUGUCACUCCACCUACUGAAAUACGUGAAAUACAAGAAGGAACUCAACGUGGAUUGAAAACAAGACAUAUUCAAAUGAUUGCUCUUGGUGGUUGUAUUGGUACUGGGUUGUUCUUGAACAUGGGCACCAAUAUUGCAACGGCUGGUCCCGCAGGUGCCUUCAUUGCUUAUCUUGUUAUUGGGUUUAUGGUCUACUGUGUUAUGACUACUUUGGGUGAAAUGGCUUCUUUUAUUCCGGUAUCUGGUUCUUUUAAUCAUUAUGCUACUCGAUUUGUUGAUCCUGCUUUAGGAUUUGCUCUGGGUUGGAACUAUUGGUUUUCUAGUGUCACAAUUGCUACUGAAAUCGCUGCUGCUGCUACUAUUAUUGAUUGGUGGAAACCCGUUCUCCCUGAUGCUGCCUGGUCAACUAUUUUUAUGAUCAUCAUCGUUGCUAUGAACUUGAUUAGUGUUAAAGUAUAUGGCGAAGUGGAAUAUUAUUUUGCCAUGAUCAAGAUUCUUAUUGUCAUUGUAUUUAUGAUUAUUGCCAUUCUUGUGUCUGCUGGUGCUGUUGGUGGAAAUGGUCCUAUCGGUUUUAAAUACUGGGAUAAUCCUGGUGCUUUUGCAAAUGGUGGUGUUGGUACUGUCAGUGUUCUACUUUCAGCUGGUUUCUCUUAUCAAGGAACAGAAGUUGUGGGUAUUACCGCUGGUGAAGCAAAGAAUCCUGUCAAGGCUAUUCCAAGAGCUAUCCGUAACACUUUCUGGCGUAUUUUGAUCUUUUAUGUCGUAACGAUUUUCCUAAUUGGUCUAUGUGUUCCUUAUGAUAAUGAACUCCUUGCUAAUGCUGAUGGUACUCCCAAUACAUCUGCUUUUACUUUGGUCUUUGAAUUGGCUGGUAUUCAAGCUGGUGCUCAUGUGAUCAACGCCAUUGUCCUUCUUAGUGUCUUAUCUGCUGCCAAUGCAUCUGUCUAUACUACUUCCAGAAUUUUACUUGGUUUAGCAAAAGAUGGUAAUGGUCCCGGUGUGCUUGCUUCCACCAACAGAUUCGGCUCCCCUUGGGUAGCAGUUCUUCUUUCUUCUGUAUGUGGGUUUGCUUGUUGUUUUGUCUCGAUUUACAGUGCUGGUGUGGCGUUCGUCUGGUUCUUGUCCAUCACAACGGUAACUGGUUUCGUUAGUUGGUGGGGUAUUGGUUUUGUUCAUCUUCGAUUCCGAUCCGCUUAUGUCAAACAAGGCCGUGAUGUCAAAGAAUUACCUUACAAAAGCUCUUGGUAUCCUUUCAGUGGACUUUUCUCAAGUAUAUUAUGUAUAUUGAUUAUUCUUGGACAAGGUUAUACCGCAUUUACUCCACAAUUCGACUUUAAAACGUUCGCUUCAAACUAUGUUGGUUUACUUCCUGCUCCUAUAUGUUAUGCCGCUUACAAGAUCGUCAUGCGUUCCAAGGUGGUUCCCAAAGAAGAAAUUGAUUUUGAAACUGGUCGCGUUACGAUGUAUGAGAUCCAAGAAGCAAAGGAAGUAGAUGCUGAAAUGACUUGGUGGCGACGUGCUGUAUACUAUUUUACCUAGUUGCCUGUUAUAUAUUUAUUUAUUUAUUUAGCCAUGUUGGUAUUAGUUUUUUUUUUUUUUUUAGUUUCAUACUUAUUUGUGUUGGAUACUCAUGAAAUGUAUUUUAAUGCUUAUUCCUGUCCUCUUCUUUAUGUGAUUCCCAAUAAAGUAUAAAUGCAUGCUUUGAAAAGGAUGCACUUCUCUCUCUC